AUGACGAAGAUUUCAAGUCCUAAUGUCAAUGGCAGAAUCAAGAAAUAUAGUGGCGAAACCGUCCCCAAAUUUGCGAAACCCUUCUUCCAAAAAUCCGAUCAUUUCGCCUUCCUCCGCGACGGAUUAGCUCGGCCAUGGGUCAUCUUUGACUGCUUGGCCCACUCUUGGUGCAACGCUUCUUCGAUGUGGCCGUGGAUUGCUCGGGGUGCGGUGGUCCGAUCUGUGGUCGAUGAUGGGGUAUCGGUGGGAGGUGUCGACUCGCACAACCGUCGUUCGGCUGACAAUUGGAGGCUAUUUCUUCGAUUGUCGGCAGUGCUCUGGUUUGCGGUGGUUUGCCCUUCUUUUGGUUCUCCUUUGUGGCUGCUGGGCUAUGGCUCUCCGGCGGGAAUUUCACCUGUUUGGGCGGUGGAGGAUUGGGCCCUAUCGAGCUUGGCUAUUGGUGUUAGCGAGUGCGGUGGGGCUGGCGUGGGGUCUGGUUGGGACUCUCUCGCUCGUCAGCGUCGGACGGCCAGAGACAGCGGCUAUGAUGGGCUGAGAUGUCAUCCUUGCCGGUUAGUGUCGAAGUCGUUGAAAUUUCUCGACUGGAACAUUGCGGCCGGACUUAACGCAAAAAGCUGCCUACGAGAUAAAGAAUUUCAACCUUGGCUGGCGAGUCUCUGGCGGCAGAUAAUCGUGCGUGAAGACGAUGAAAAGAGGUGGUUGCAGUGGGCGGUGGGAGGCGGGAGGCGGACGACUGCGGUGGGAGGCGGAAUUACAGAAUUUCAAACUUGGACGACGAGUCUCCGGCGGCAGCUAAUCGUGCGUGAAGACAAAAGCAAGAGGUGGUUGCAGAGGACGGUGGGAGGCGGAUGUCUGCGGCCGGAGGAGGGGAUGUACAUGACGGCCGCUGCAACAAGAAGCAACAUCUAUGCUGUAACUCCACUGAAUACCAAGCAAUGUCCUGGUUCGGUUUUUAUAUGCUAUGUAAAAAACCAGUGUAUCAUCCGCAAACAUCAAGUGGAUCUGACCUCCGAUAGGGCCGCCCUCCUCGCCCUCCGCUCGUCUGUCGGCGGCCGCCCCCUCCUCUGGAACAUCACCUCCACCACCCCCUGCGUCUGGCCGGGCGUCGGCUGCUUGAACAACCGCGUCGCCGUCCUCCGCCUCCCGGCCUCCUCUCUCUCCGGCGCGCUCCCGGCCAACACUAUCUCCAACUUGACCUCUCUUCGCACGCUCAGCCUCCGCCUCAACCACCUCUCGGGCCCGCUUCCCGACGAUCUCUCCCAGCUAUCUCAGCUCCGGAAUCUCUAUCUCCAGGGCAAUCACUUCACCGGGCCCGUGCCCGACUCUAUUCUCUCCCUCCCGUCUCUCGUCAGGCUGAAUCUCGCCUCGAACAACUUUUCCGGCCAAAUCCCGCCCGGGCUCAACAACUUGACCCGCUUGCGCACGCUCUAUUUGGAGGAAAACCAGUUUAGUGGCCCUUUGCCUGAUAUUGACCUACCCAAUCUCGACCAGUUCAAUGUUUCUUUCAACAAUUUAAACGGGUCUGUGCCAAAAGGGCUUGUGGGGAAACCCAAAGACUCGUUUUUGGGCACUUCCCUUUGCGGCGAGCCUCUCGAUAGUGUCUGUGCGGACAAUGCGGGUCCCACAGGGUCGUCUCCGGCUGAGGCUCCAAAUGGGAACAUAAAUUUGGGGGAAAAUACUAGAAAGAAAAAGAAAUUGUCCGGCGGUGCAAUUGCAGGAAUUGUAAUCGGAUCUGUUGUGGGGUUGAUUCUUCUGGUCUUGGUUUUGUUUCUUCUGUGCAGAAAAAGGAGUGGAAACAAUGUGAGGUCAGUGGAUGUAGCUGCAAUCAAGACACAAGAAAAUGAGCCUAAUGAAAAGUCCAUCGAGGAAAAUAACACUGGGGUUAGUAAUGGGUUUUCGGUGGGUGCUGCAGCUGUGAGUUCAAUCGGCACAAAUGUUAACACGAAGAGUGAAACUGGAACAAAUUCGGCAGUCAAUGUGAAGAAGCUGAUAUUUUUCGGGAAUGCCUCUAGGGUUUUUGAUCUAGAGGAGCUGUUAAGAGCGUCAGCCGAGGUUUUGGGUAAGGGCACGUUUGGGACAUCCUACAAGGCAGUUUUGGAGGUAGGGACUGUGGUGGCCGUGAAGAGAUUGAAGGAUGUGACUAUUGGGGAAAGAGAGUUUAGGGAUAAAAUUGAAGCUGUUGGGGCUAUGGAUCAUGUGAAUUUGGUGCCUCUUAGGGCUUAUUACUACAGCAGGGAGGAGAAGCUUCUGGUUUACGAUUACAUGCCGAUGGGGAGCCUUUCUGCGCUUUUACAUGGUAACAAAGGAUCUGGAAAAACCCCAUUAAACUUUGAAACCCGUUCUGCCAUUGCCCUUGGAGCAGCCCGUGGCAUUGAAUACCUCCAUUUACAAGGACCCAACAUCUCACACGGCAACAUCAAAUCCUCCAACAUUCUCCUCACCAAAUCCCACGAAGCCCGCGUCUCAGACUUCGGGCUCAACAAUCUUGUGGGAUCCCCAUCUUCUCCAAACAGGGUCGCGGGCUAUCGGGCCCCCGAAGUCACUGAACCCCAACGAAUCUCUCAGAAGGCCGACGUUUACAGUCUCGGAGUUCUCCUUCUCGAGCUCUUGACAGGGAAAGCGCCACUAUUGAACGAGGAAGGUGUUGACUUGCCGAGAUGGGUCAAUUCGGUGGUGAAGGAAGAGUGGAACUCGGAGGUUUUUGAUGUCGAGCUCGUGAGGUACAACAAUGCUUCGGAAGAGGAGGAGAUGGUACAACUGCUGCAGCUGGGCAUUGAUUGUACGGCUCAGUAUCCGGAUAGUAGGCCAUUGAUUUCUGAGGUAGUGAGGCGUAUUGAGGGGAUUCGGGUUUCUGGUCUGAGGGGAUUUCGGGAUGAGACGGAUCAUGUUAGUGAGACGGAAUGAGGGUUUUCGGCGUUUUUCGGGGCUUUCCACCAUUGGGUUAGGAUCAAGAAUGCAAAGAGUGGUU